UCAACUUACUCUGUUUCCUAGUCAUGGAUUCUCAAUCGGGUUUUGCGUCCAUCACGCCUCCAUGGACGGGAAGAGCACAGCCAUGUUUAUAAAAUCAUGGGCCACUAUUUGCAGACUCGGAUUCCUUACUCCAGAACUAAUGCCGAAUCACGAAACUAGAUCAAUUUUAAUGGAUGACCCGUUAAAGCUCAGCCCGAUUUUCAUUGAUCAUUGGAUGAAAUUGAAAUUGAAAACGAUUGAUGGAAACGAUACCACCCAGGUAAGAAGUCUCCUUCCAAUGGACAAGAAACCGGCGCCGGGUUUAUUUAAAAGAACGUUCCGGUUAACUCCAGAGCAAGUACGACAAAUAAAGGGGAAACUAAUAAAGAGCCCUGUUUCUAGUUUCACUGCGGUUUGUUCAUAUAUUUGGACAUGUUUGGUGAAAGCAGAGAAAGGGGAUAUAACAAAGGAGAAUGUUUAUCUGAAUAUUAACGUGGAUUGUCGAGGACGAUGGGAACCUCCGGUGCCGGAAAAUUACUUUGGUAACUGCGUUACGUAUCGGUUUGCGAAGGCAAAGGUUGAAUCUUUGGAAGCUGGUGAUGGAGUGGCGGUGGCGGCGGCGGCGAUUAGUGAGGCGAUUGGAAGUUUGGGCAAUGGAGGGGUUAUGAAAGGGGCGGAGAAAUGGCUUUCGGAAGUGAGUUGGACUUUUAGGAAUGAGAAGGUGUAUGGUAUUGGUGGGUCGACAUGGUUUGAUCUUUAUGGUGCUGAUUUUGGAUGGGGUCGGCCGAGGAAGGUGGAGAUGGUGUCCAUUGAUCGGAAUUCUUCUCUUUCUCUCUGUGAUGCUAGAGAUGGCGACGGCGUUAUUGAGAUUGGAAUAGUGUUGACCAAGGUCAAAAUGGAAGCUUUUGCAUCCAUCUUUGCUCAACUUUCUAAUUAAUCAUUUCAAAAAAGAAUUUGCCUUUUUUUUUUCUUUGUUUGAGUUUUCUUCUUUAUUGUUUGAUUGCGUGAUGUUUGAAUAAAUUUAUGAGAUUUUGGUUCAA